AUGGCACCUCUAGGACUCAAGGCGAUCGUUGGAGAGAAGAUUAUGAAUGAUGUCAUCAGGAAAGUGAGGAAGAAGGGGGAAUGGAAGGUCCUGGUGGUGGACAAACUUAGCAUGAAAAUGAUCUCGUCAUGUUGUAAAAUGACAGACAUCAUGUCUGAGGGAAUCACGAUUGUUGAAGACAUCACUAAACGACGUGAACCUCUGCCAACCAUGGAAGCAAUUUAUCUCAUUACUCCUUCUGAUGAGUCGGUGGAAGGUCUCAUCAACGACUUCAGAGAUCCCCGUGUGCCCAUUUACCGAGGUGCUCACGUCUUUUUCACAGAUGCCGUCCCGGACUCUCUGUUUAACCUGUUGACCAAAUCCCGCGCUGCCAAAGCCACUAAGACUUUGACAGAGAUUAACAUAGCCUUCCUCCCCUAUGAGUCACAGGUGUUCACUGUGGACAGAUCUGAUGCCUUUCAGGACUUCUACAGCCCCUUUAAAGCCGACGUGAAGAAUCAGGUGCUGGAGCGGCUGGCAGAGCAAAUCGCCACCCUCUGCUCGACUCUCAAAGAGUAUCCGGCCGUACGCUACCGAGGGGAAUACAAGGACAAUGCUGUUCUGGCCCAGCUCCUGCAGGAUAAACUGGAUGGUUACAAAGCAGAUGACCCAACGAUGGGAGAGGGUCCAGAUAAGGCUCGUUCUCAGCUGUUGAUUCUGGAUCGGGGAUUUGAUCCGGUCUCACCUGUCCUGCAUGAGCUUACCUUACAGGCCAUGGCUUACGACCUGCUGCCUAUCGAGAACGACGUCUACAAGUAUGAAACGAGUGGGAUGGGGGACACUCGUAUGAAGGAGGUUUUGCUGGAUGAGGAUGAUGACCUGUGGUUGACCCUCAGACACAAACACAUAGCUGAAGUCUCCACGGCUGUGACCAAAUCCCUAAAGGACUUCUCUGCGAGCAAAAAGAUGAACACAGGAGAGAAGACUACCAUCAAAGAACUUUCCCAGAUGCUGAAGAAAAUGCCUCAGUAUCAGAAAGAGCUGAGCAAGUAUUCUACUCACCUGCACCUGGCAGAGGACUGCAUGAAACAUUACCAGGGCACAGUGGACAAACUGUGCCGCGUGGAACAGGACCUGGCGAUGGGCACAGAUGCCGAGGGAGAGAAAAUCAAAGACCCCAUGAGAGCGAUCGUUCCCAUUCUGCUGGACGCUAACGUCGGCAUCCUGGACAAGAUCCGUAUCAUCCUGCUCUACAUCUUCCUUAAGAACGGUGUGACGGAGGAGAACCUCUGCAAACUGCUUCAGCAUGCCCAAAUCCCGCCUGAAGACAGUGACAUCAUCUCCAAUAUGGCACACAUGGGCAUCCCCAUUGUUUCUGAGCAAGCUACCACGCGGAAAGUGAAGAAACCUGAACGCAAGGAGCGAAUCAGCGAACAAACGUAUCAACUGUCCAGAUGGACACCACUUGUCAAAGACAUCAUGGAGGAUGCUAUUGAGGACAAACUAGACCCAAAGCAAUAUCCCUACAUCUCCACCCGAACAGCAGCCUCCAAAACCACCACAGCCACCAGUGCCCGCUAUGGAAACUGGCAUAAGAAUAAGAGUCCAGGCGAGAUGCGCACAGGACCGCGCGUCAUGGUCUUCAUCAUCGGAGGGGUCACGUACAGCGAGAUGCGCUGCGCUUACGAGGUCACACAGGCCAACGGCAAAUGGGAGGCUAUUAUCGGCUCCACCCACACAAUCACCCCAGCCAAAUACCUAAAGCAGCUCCAGCACGCGGACUUCCUGGAUCCAAACGCUGCCCCUGAAGACCAGCCGCCGGUGGAGGACUAA